AUGUUUCGAUGUGCCACAAGGUUGUUUAAGAGGUCAUAUGUUGGAAAGAUAGUGCAGGAACGUUUUUUGAAUCUACAAGAGUAUCAGAGCAAAGAACUUCUUCACAAACAUGGAUGCACGGUUCAGAAUUUCAUUGUUGCAUCUAAUAUGGAAGAAGCAACCGAGAAACUGAAAGAUUUCGGUGACGUGGAAUAUGUUGUGAAGGCUCAAAUUUUGGCCGGAGGUCGUGGUAAGGGGCAUUUCAUAGGAGGUAGUGACAAAGUUCGAGGUGUUUUCAUCACUAAAGACCGCAACGAAGCCCUAAAAUCCAUUCCUGAAAUGAUUGGUAAACGUUUGGUAACGAAUCAAACUACGAAGGACGGCGUUGAAGUAAAGAAAGUGAUGGUAGCUGUGGGAGUACCGAUCAAACGGGAAACAUACGUGGCAGUUAUCAUGGACCGUGAAUCAAAUGGACCAGUGGUUGUUGCCUCUCCAGCUGGUGGGAUGGACAUCGAGAAAGUUGCAAGGGAUACACCAAACUUGAUUUUCAAGGAGCCGAUUGAUAUUGACGUAGGUAUCACUAGUGAGCAAGCUAUGAAGGUCGCAAAGAGAUUGGAAUUCAGUGGUGAUCUUGCCAAGAAGGCUGCGGACGAGAUAAAACUGUUGUAUAAUCUAUUCAUUUCCGUCGAUGCCACACAAGUUGAGAUCAAUCCAUUUGUUGAAACUCGUGACGGACGCGUUUUCUGUGUUGAUGCGAAAAUGAACUUUGAUGAUAGUGCGGCUUUUCGUCAAAAAGAAGUGUUCGCAAUGAAUGAUCAAUCUGAGCAGGAUGCUCGAGAAGUAGAGGCUCAUCAAUAUAAUCUGAAUUACAUAGGAAUGGAUGGAAACAUCGCUUGUUUAGUGAAUGGCGCUGGACUCGCUAUGGCAACGAUGGACAUAAUUAAGCUGAAAGGUGGAGAACCUGCGAACUUUUUGGAUGUUGGAGGCACCGUUACGGAAGACCAAGUUCUUCACGCGUUUCGAAUAAUCACAAAUGAUCCGAAGGUAAAAUGUGUAUUGGUUAAUAUAUUCGGAGGAAUUGUUAAUUGUGCCACGAUAGCCAAUGGAGUAGUAGCAGCAUGUCGGAAAAUCAAUCUUCGUGUGCCGCUUGUGGUGCGGUUACAAGGUACAAAUGUUGACGAGGCUCGCCGCAUCCUAAAAGAAUCCGGUCUCCCGAUCAUCAGCGCCGAUGACUUGGCCGACGCCGCGGAGAAGGCUGUUUCUGCUCUAAAGUAG